AAAUCCAACUCACCAACUGUAAACACAAAACACCAAUGAGCAGAAUAUUAACAAGAUUCCCGUUUCGUUUUCGGCCUCCAUUACCACUUAAAGUACACACCCAUGUCCGCCCUGCACUCUAUUUUCACACUCAAGGCCACCCCCAAAUCAUAUCCAGCCACAAAACUGCCACUUCCCUCUCUCUCGAUGCCAUUGCAGAAGACCUCACGGAUCUCUCUUGGCGAGCAUGGACCAAACUGCUCAUAGUUGCCGUGUCUGGUGUUACGAUUGGGUCGUUUAUAGCCAGCCAUGGAUCAGGAUUGUUGGCGGAUUGGGGAAUAUUUGUGUAUCAACCGGAUGAUGAUGACGACGAGGAUGAUAAAGACGACGACGAGAAAGUCGUGGAGAAAAAGGAGGGAGAGACGGAAGAAGCCAAAAGUCAUUCCGCAUUGGACUUGUCUGGGAUAUUUGGAGAUUACAGACUCAAUCUUGCGUAUAACUGGAGCAACGCGGAUGCAAGCUACUUGACUCUCGCAAAAGCAAAGGUGGCAGCAGCGCUAGCAGAUCUGGACUCUGUCGCCGAAAUAAAGAAACUGGAGGGAAUUGAUAAGCGCGAGUUGUUACUCGUGCGAAGAUUUUUGGAGGACACACUCAAACUACUCAACGAGCGUGAGAGACAGUUGCUCGGGAAUGAGGACAAGACGUCCACGGGACGUUGGGGUUGGCUAAAAUUUUGGUAGAGUACCACUUUAUGCAAUGAGGCUGUGGACAGCUAGGCAAAACAAAUAUAUUCUAAUACCAAAAUAAAUAACAUGAUGCAGCAUAUGAUACAAA